AUGGUGAAUAUGACGAACGAAAAAGGCGAGGGUGAGGUGUCAUCUUUGGAACAAAUUUGCAGAGAGGGACGAGACGGGGACAAUAUCGAUUAUGCACUUUGGGCGAUUUCAGGCCCACUCUCCCUCCUUUGUGCAAUCUUGUCGACACUCGGCAACAUCUACAGCCUGAGAAUCCUAUGUAAAUUGAAUAUCCGAAGAUCAGUUCGCUUCUAUUUGUCGGUGUUGGCAAUUGCGAAUGCUUGUAUCUCUCAAUGUACGCUUUGGUAUUAUGCACUUUCUGAAGCAAUUCGACCAAUCUUUGGCUCAAUCGAUUUUUUUGAAUUGCUGACCGUUUUUGUGCACCCGGUGUCCUCAUUCUUUUUGACUCUCUCGAUUUGGAUGAUGUUGACGGUGACAGCUGACCGAUAUUUUGCUUUAUCACGCCCACUUCAACACAGAGCCUCCGAAUCGAAACAAAGAGCACAAAGGGUGACUCUUGGAAUAAUCCUUGGAGCAGCUCUUUUCUCAGUGCCAACAGCUUUCGAGUUGCGUCUGAGCUACGACUGUGAUCUCUUUCAAAACAUUUCCCGGUUGCGGCUGUUGCCAACUGCUUUGAGACUCGACGAUAACUACUUAUUGAUCUAUCAACUCUUGCUUAUCUCAAUCUUUGUCUACGUCGGUCCAUUAAUGUUGCUAACUUUGCUCACAUUCCGCAUGAUUUUCAUCGUCUACAGCGCAAGGAAAUUGCGUUGUUCAAUUGAUGCAAGAGCGUCUUUUCAUCAAAAAUCCGGUGGUAACGAGAACACGACAAGAAUGUUGUUGACGGUGGUCGUGAAAUUUCUCAUCUGCAGUGCGCCAAGCAUGUUAUUGAAUGUUUGGGAAAAGAUUGUUGGUCCAACAUUUGCCGUCACCACUCCAGCUUUUCGUUACUGUGUCGAAUGGAGUAAUCUCUUGGUGGUGAUCAACAGUGCUUCGGAUAGCAUUGUUUAUAUGAGAUGGUGGAGACAACAAAAGAAAACGGUCACCUAUUCACCGAUUCGAAAAACGAUCUUCUCAAACUCUGAAGCCUCAUAUCUACGGGAGAAAGCUCAGCAGAAGGAUUUCGAGGAGAUUUCCUCUCAAUUGUGCCGCUCUCUUUUGCCUGAAAGCGAAGAAGUCGAGAAGAUCCUUGAAGCUUAUCGGAUUCAGGGAACAAUUCAAGAAUUACUCAAAUCUAUUGGUGCUCCAAACGCGGAACGAGAUAUGAUUUUCCGUUUGAAUGAAAUCGGCAGAACGCACAAAAACGAGCACAUCACAGCGAGACAAUGGGCGAGAUUCAAGGAGAUUUUCAUAAAGGAAGUGUCGACGAGUGAAGACGAGGCUUUGUGGACGCGUUUCAUUUGUAUGCUGAUCAAAGAGUUCCGAAAUGGGCAAACGUGUGCGCUGAAUAUUCGAAGUGAUCGAAGUAUGCAGUCAAAAGUCUCUCAAUGCUCGACUUUUGAUGCAUCGGGGAUU